UACAUGUUCAUUAAUGAAUCACAAUGCUAUAAAAACAAGAGCUUCUGCACAGGUAGACACAGAACUCUGAGAGGAGGUGAAGCUGCACACACUGAUGUUGAAGCCCUGACUACAUUACAGCACACUUGAAAACUUGAUCUGUAUCUCUUGAUCAUCUUGCAAGGAAUAAAUUAGACAGAAUGUACCACGUCGUCCUCUUCGCUCUGCUCACAGCUUGUGUGUUAGCUGAUGUCCAACCUCAGUACUACUCCUUCUCCCCAGCCGUGGGGUCAGGGAGUGGCACCUCUUACAGUCUGACUGGAGAGGGCCGUAUCACGGCUGUCCGAGUGUGGGAGGCAUACAACAACUACAUCUAUGGCUUCCAGUUCCGCUACGGCUUCAUCUGGUCUUCUGUUGUCGGCUCCAAAUCCGGCAAUCCUCUGGUGAUGGAGUUGUAUGACGACGAAGCCAUCAUCCAGGUUUCUGGAAAAUACGCUCACUACCUGCAGUCAGUGGUGUUCACCACUAACAGGGGUCGCACGCUGCGUGCAGGCCAGCCUUCAGGCCACUCCUUCAACAUGUACCCCACCCACAGCCAAGCUGAGCUGCGCUUCAUCAGCGGCCGGGUCCAUGGAGCCAUCACCUCCAUCGGAGCUCACUGGGGUGUCGUAGAUCCAGCUGUAAACGGCACUGCUGGACACUGAGGAGGAGAGCAGGAGUUAGGAGUUAGUCGCCAAUAUUUGGCCAUUAAUGUGAAGGAAAAGUUUCCAAACUUUAAUCUGAUUGAAUAAUCAAGUACACCUAUGUAUGUUCUGUAGUAGUAUUUCCAUUUCCAAGUACCAUCAUACACAUAAUCAGUGAUUUCUGAUAUUUCCUCUUGUUUUUUCUUUGUGCUCCUGUUGGUAAAUUGUCAUUUUUAUUUUUAUUGUGUCUUUAUCUUAUGUCCUUAUCACUCAAGUAAACUGUAAUUAACAUUUCCAGUAUGACAAACAUACAAACCAUUAAAUAAAGUCAAAUUAAAUGUC